AUGGCUGAUCCGACGGUGGUAGCCGACCCUCCGCCGCCCGUUACCGGCGCGAAUGAUUUUGAUUCCGGCCUUUCAAUGCCACCCCUUGAUCCUUCGUUCUUUUCCGAGCACCUGACCUCACCCUAUAACAACGAUAACAACCGAAACGACGACCUCUUAGACAUUGAUUUCGAUUUCUCCUUCGACGAUCUGUAUCUUCCUUCAUCUGACCUCGAUGAUCUCCUCAUAAAUCCCGUCGCCGACCCAAUUCAAGUUCAACCUGAAUCGUUUAAAAGCCAACCUGGAUCCGGGACAGACCUGGAAAAUCCCUACAGUGUUUUCAAGUUAACCUCGGUGGAAUUACGUCAUCUAUGCGAUGGCAUUAAUGGGGAUUUCUCCGGUGAUCAGAGCUUGAAUGGGUCUGGGGUUUCGAAUUCUGAGUUGCUGGCUGCGGAGUCUGCUCAAAUUUCUGGUUACCUUAACGUGCCGUCCCCGGAGUCGAAUGGAUCGAAUCGUCGGAGCUCGGAGAAUUCUGGUGGCGGCGAGAAGGGUUUGAAUUGCCUUUCGCCCGAAUCCCCUCGUUCGGAGAAUUGUGGCUCGAAUGUCUCGGUGGAGUCGAAUAAUUGUGCCCAAUCGGUAAAUGUUUUUCCUAAUUUUGACGGUAGUUCAAUUGUUGAUCAGAAGAUUAAAUUAGAUAAAUCAGCCUAUGUUGAUGUCAGUAAUUCUGCGUUGAAGAGGAAAAAAGAGAGUGGAGAUUCAACUAAUACUAAUAUCGAGUCAAGAAUUAAUAAAUAUAGGAAAUCGAGCAACAGUGUUGAAAAUAAUAAUACCAAUGGCUGUGAGUUGAGUGAAGAGGAUGAGAAGAGGAAGGCAAGGUUGAUGAGGAAUAGAGAGAGUGCACAAUUGUCAAGGCAAAGAAAGAAACACCACGUCGAGGAGUUGGAGGACAAGGUGAGGUUGAUGAACUCGACAAUUCAAGAUUUGAAUGCGAAGAUUUCAUACUUCAUGGCAGAAAAUGCGACUUUAAGGCAGCAAUUGGGCGGUGGCACUGGCACAGUCCUGCCUCCCCCAAUGGCACCACCACCUCCCGGAGUGUACCCACAUCCAGCAAUGAUGUAUCCGUGGACGCAGUAUCCCCCACCUUAUGUGAUGAAACCACAUGGAUCUCAGCCAUUGGUGCCUAUCCCAAAGUUGAAACCGCAACAGCCCGUGGCAGCACCAAAGCCAAGUAAGAAGGUCGAUAAGAAGAAGAAUGAUGAGGUGAAAACUAAGAAGGUUGCUGGUGUUAGUUUCCUGGGAUUGCUCUUUUUUAUAAUGUUGUUUGGUGGGUUGGUGCCAAUGGUGAAUGUAAGGUAUGGUGGAGUGACGGAGUCAUUUACGGGUGGAGACACGUAUGCUGAAGGCAGGUUUUAUGAGAAGCAUCGUGGAAGGGUUUUGAUAGUUAAUGGAACCGAAAAUGGUGAGAAAUUCGUUGAUGGGAGAGAUUUUAAUUGUACUAAGAGUUGUGGUUGGAGAGGUCACGGUGGUGGGGGGCAAAGUGUGGAUGAAUUCGCUCGUGUGGGCAAUGGGAAUGAUCCUCUCGUGGCAUCUUUGUAUGUUCCCAGGAAUGAUAAGCUUGUCAAGAUUGACGGGAACUUGAUUAUUCAUUCUGUUUUGGCGAGUGAGAAAGCCAUGGCUACGCAUAAAGAUGACAGAGCCAAGACAGGUGAUGAGACUGGCCUGGCUGUUCCUCAUGAUUUGGCUCCUGCUAUUCCUGUUCCUGGUGUUGGAAGAAAUGGUGGAAGACUUCCUCACUUGAGAGCUCUUGAUUCCAGUUCUGCAGACAGAGAUCUAAAGUCUAAAGCAGCUGAUGGCAGGGUUCAACAGUGGUUCCGUGAAGGCCUUGCUGGGCCAAUGUUAAGUUCUGGAAUGUGUACUGAAGUGUUCCAGUUUGACAUUUCAUCAGCUUCUGCAUCUGGAGCCUUAGUUAGAGCUACUGUGGGGAAUAUUACUGCAGAAGCCGAAAAGAUUCAGAAUUCUACAUACCACCGCAAGGGACGGAAUAGAAGAAUCCUCCGCAGUCGCAGUAUUCCCAUUCCCCUUUCUGGAACCUCUCAUAACAUUUCUAAAGAACAUGCAGAAAGGAAUUCACAGAAAGAGAACUUGAAUGGAAACAAUUCAAUUUCUUCAAUGGUAGUUUCUGUGCUUUUCGAUCCUAGGGAGGCAGGUGAUGUUGACGGGGAUGGCAUGAUGGGAGUGAAGCCCCUCUCUCGGAUUUUUGUUGUUGUACUAAUCGACAGUGUCAAGUAUGUAACAUAUUCGUGCAUGCUUCCUUUUAAGGGUUCGGGUCCUCAUCUAGUGAGUACCUAG